UUAGUCAAUGAUACUAAUCAAUAAUUCAUUCAUUAAUAAUUCUUCAAAUUCAUCAAGUCCUCUCUGCAAAAAUGUGUCCUCUUAGUAUCAAUGACUUGCACAGGAUUUUUGUUAAGCUUGUCAAGAAUCAUGAUGGUAUUUUAAGCAUAGACGACCUCAACUGGCUUCUCGAGAGAAUCGGAGUUUAUUUCGGCCUAAAAGAGCUCGAGGAUUUGGUAGGGAAGUCAAGCCUAAAUUUCGACGAGUUUUUGAUAUUUUACGACUCGAUCACUAAGCAAAAAGAUGACGACGAUGAUUAUAGUAAUGAAAUCGUGACGGUGGCGAAGGACGAAGAGGAAGAAAAUAAGGAAGAACUGGAGGAUCUAGAUAAAGCGUUUAAAGUGUUUGAUAUGAAUGGAGAUGGCUUCAUUUCUAGUGAAGAGCUUCAAAUUGUAUUGGAAAGACUUGGAUUGUGGGAUGAGAUCAACGGGAAAGAUUGUAGAAUUAUGAUUUGUGCAUUCGAUACUAACUUUGAUGGCCUUCUUGAUUUUCAAGAAUUCAAAAACAUGAUGUUGCAUACUACUUCUUGAAUUCAUUUUCAUUCUUCAAGGCCUUGUAAUUAUUAGUUUUUUUUUUGUUAAAAGCAGCGAGAGAGCUAUAUUGUAUGGAAACUUCCGAGUUCCAUAUGUUCCAGCGCUUCGAUUCCAUUUUUAGAAAUAUUUCUAAACUCUAAAGUUCUAUAUUUAUAAUUAAUUCUUGUAAAAGGUAUUAUGUUGCCA